UUAGGCAUUUAGCCCCCUUCCCGCUCCUUUCUCUGCGCAGAGCAAAAUUUAGGGCUUGUUUAUUCUCUGCUAUCACACAGCUUGAACUCUCCGACUGGGUUGUAGGCUUAGAGCGAUACACAGAGAGAGAGAGAGAGAGAGAGAAUGGCGAACGACGCAGAAAUGGGUAGCUGGACGGAUCUUCUCCACUCCUCCUCGAAGCUUCUGGAACAAGCUGCUCCGUCUGCUCAAUUCCCUCCUCUUCAGAGGAAUUUGGAUCAAUUGGAGGCGUUGUCGAAAAAACUAAAGGCGAAAACCCUAAGGACGGAAGCGCCUACUCAGUCUAUUGCUGCCACGAGGCUACUAGCCCGUGAAGGAAUAAACGCAGAGCAGCUUGCUCGGGAUCUUAAAUCUUUUGAAUUAAAGACAACUUUUGAAGAUGUUUUCCCUGCUGAGGCAACAACUGUUGAAGACUAUCUUCAGCAGGUACAUGAGAUGGCAAUGGUUUCAGCUAUUCAGGAAGCUCAGAAGGAUAACCUUAGAAGUUUUAAUGAUUAUAUGAUGACAGUUUUGGAGGAGGAUUGGCAAAAAGAAAAACGGGACUUCCUUCAGAGUCUGAGCCGGAUUUCCACUUUAUCUAAGACCAAUUUGGGCGAUUCAGGUGCCAUGGGUACUCGUCCGGGUCAAAUUGUGUCUUUGACUUCGAGUUCUCAGAUUUCAUCUGGUCAAUCUAGCAUACAGCUUGCACCUCUUGCUAAUAAGCCCGUCCUUGAGAAAAAAGCUGCAGCCUAUGCUAAAGUUGUUAAGAACAUCAAUGAUGCUAGGGAGCAUGGUUUACCAUUCAAGCCUGCUACGGCUUUCAAAGGUGCAUAUGAGAGUUUGGGCCUUGAUGCUUCUGGUGGGAAAUCAGUUAGCAUGCAGAAGAUAUGGCACUUAAUUCAGACACUGACAGGUGAGGUCUCAGCUGUUCAAUGGAACGUUUCAAAGAAAAUGUCAUUAGUAAUUGGUGCAAGGCGCCACCUUGAGCGGGGACAUGAAAAAUAUAUCAUAGAUACAAUACAAAGUCACCCUAUCCAGGCUGCUCUUGGUGGAGCGGUUGGCAAUUUGCAAAGAAUACGAGCAUUUCUUCGGAUACGUUUGAGGGAUUAUGGGGUUUUAGAUUUUGAUGCAGGGGAUGCUUGUCGGCAGCCUCCCGUUGAUACUACAUGGCAGCAGAUUUACUUUUGCUUGAGAACGGGAUAUUAUGAUGAAGCAAGGAAUGUUGCCUUAUCAUCUCGUGCGUCACAUCACUUUGCUUCCCAGCUUUCUGAAUGGAUAGCUACUGGAGGAAUGGUGUCGCCAGAGACUGCUGCUGCUGCUUCAGAAGAAUGUGAGAAGUUGCUAAGGAUGGGUGAUCGAGUUAGUCGAGCGGCAUAUGACAAAAAAAAGUUGCUAUUAUAUGCUAUAAUAUCUGGUUCUCGUCGGCACGUUGAUCGACUGCUUAGAGAGUUCCCUACACUUUUCAACACCAUAGAGGAUUUCUUGUGGUUCAAAUUGUGUGCCAUACGAGAUGGUCCUGUAGGAUCCAGUUCCAUUGUACUCAGUGAAGGAUUUUCACCCUAUAGUUUGGAUGAUUUGCAGGCUUACCUAAACAAAUUUGAGCCCUCCUAUUACACAAAGAAUGGAAAGGACCCUCUGGUAUAUCCAUAUGUUUUGCUUUUAAGUAUCCAGUUACUACCAGCUGUCCUAUAUUUGUCCAAGGAUGUGGGAGGUGAAGGAUAUAACGUAGAUGCUGUUCAUUUAUCGAUUGUGCUGGCUGACCAUGGGGUCCUUUCUGUCAGUGCUGGGGCAGUCCAGAAACUGGGCAUGAUGGAUGCUUUUGCGGAGGCAUCUAGCAUCAUUAGGCAAUAUGGAGCUGUAUAUCUACGCCAUGGUGAUCUAUCAACAGCAUUGGAAUAUUAUGCACAAGCUGCUGCUGCUGUGGGUGGUGGGCAAUUGUCAUGGAGUGGGAGAGGUAAUGUAGAUCAGCAGCGACAGAGGAACUUGAUGCUGAAGCAACUCCUGACAGAGAUUUUGUUACGGGAUGGUGGAAUUUAUCUUUUACUUGGUCCAAGAGGCGCUGGAGAAGAAGGUGAACUGAGAAGGUUUUUGACUGACGUAAAAUCAAGACAGCAAUUUCUGCUUGAAGCUGCUCACCAGUGUCAGGAAGCAUGGCUUUAUGACAAGUCGAUAGAAAUCCAGAAGAGGGUUGGGGCAUUUGCAUUGGCAUUGGAGACGAUAAACAAAUGCUUGUCUGAAGCAAUUUGUGCCCUAUCACUGGGUAGAUUGGAUGGUGAGAGCCGAACUACUGGGCUAAUUCAUUCUGGCAACGAGAUUCUGGAGACAUUCAAGUAUUUUCCUGAAGUCAGUCUUCUGGAGCGAGAACAUGUUAUGGAACAAGAAACUGUGUUAAGGCAGCUGGAGGCCAUUUUAACUAUCCUUAGGUUGGCCAGAGCUGGCCGUUAUUUAGAUACUCUGAGGGAGGUUGCCAAGAUUCCAUUUCUUCCUUUAGAUCCACGAGCACCAGAUACUGCAAAUGAUGUGUUCCAGAAUUUAUCUCCCCAUGUCCAAGCUUGUGUUCCAGACCUUCUGAAGGUUUCUCUUCAUUGCCUGGACAAUGUCACAGAUUCAGAUGGAUCACUCCGUGCCUUGAAGGCCAAGAUCGCAAAUUUACUUGCCAACAAUUUGAAUAGGAGCUGGCCGCGUGAUUUGUACGAAAGGGUUGCUCGAACCCUGUGAAGAACACGAUGGCCGGCCGUGGUAUCCAAUGAUGACAAGGUUAAUGACGAAUGUAUGGAUCUUGUACAAAAAUGUAAGCGUUAUGGCAGUGAGAAGAAUCUUGGGGUGAUUUGUUUUUGUUCCUCUCCUCUCUUGCCGUUGCUAUUCUUGGUAACAUCUUUCCUUUAUACCUUCUUGAUGAAUUGUUUUAUGUUCACCUGUUGCUUUUUUUUUUUUUGGGGGGGGGGGGGGGGGGGGGGGUGUGGUUGGUUUGGUUUCAUGUUUAGGGAAAAGGGAGAAAACUAACUAGCCUGUUAAAAAAACAAAAAGUGCUGUGUACUACUAUAAACAAAAGGAGGAGAAAACAAAUUUUGUCGAUGUACUUUGCCGCUUUCAGGAAUUUGGGAUGGGAGAAAUGUAUUAGUGGCUGCCCAUUUGUAGAUCUGAUCUCAUCAUUAGCGAAAGAACUCUGCUCAUUGAAGUGCAAAAUACUCUACUUGCUCCCCUUUCUCCUAGUCAAAAUAUGUUUUAGCCUUCGGUUAGUCA